AUGUCUCUCAAACAGGAAAUUGAAACAUGGGUACAAGCCCUAGAGCUUUGCGAUUUGGAGCAGCCCGACUACGUUGCGGCGCUUGCUAAGUUCGAAUCGAUUGGGGACAGCGCCAAAGUUCUGUUCAAUAUUGGUAUUCUCCAGGCAACUCUUGGUGAACAUGAGAAAGCAGUCAGUGUCUACCACCGUGCCAUCGAUCUCGACAACUAUCUUGCCGUUGCAUAUUUCCAGCUCGGAGUUUCGAACUUUCUUCUCAGUGACUUCGCAGAGGCUGCAAAUAACUUCAAUGAUGCUUUACUAUAUCUACGAGGCAACCAUUCCAUCAACUACGAACAACUUGGAUUAAAGUUCUGCCUUUAUUCAUGUGAGGUGUUGUUCAAUCGUGGUCUAUGCCGUUUGUACUCCUCGAAUAGCAAGGAUGACGAGGAACACAAGAAUGGUAUGGAGGAUCUUGGGUUUGCGGCGAAGGAGAAACAGAUUGAAGCCCAUAAUGUCAUCGAUGAGGCAAUAGCGGAAGGAGCCGACGGUUUCACGGUAUUCUCGGUACCAGUUGGAACAUUGUUCAGACCCAGCGGUAUUAAGAUGAAGAAUUACAAGACGAAGGAUUAUCUAGGCGAAGCUAGAGUAGUAGCUUCCGUAGAUUCUUCGAACAUGCAUACUGGUUUUGAUGGUGUAGAAAAGAACAAACCGCUCAUCGAGGAGCGGCCAGAGGAAGCACAAUCUUUUGCAGCCACCAAUUUGGUUAUCCCUGAUAGAACUUCGAAAAUUCCCACAUCAAAUAGAGAUACAAUAGGAAGCGAUUUAGCUUUCUCGCCACCAGCUUCGUCGCCGCCCGCUUCUGCGCUCCCCCCGCCUCCGAAUCAUGUUGGAAUGCAAAUGCCAACGGCAAUGGCACCCACAGCUGUUAAUAGAAUUCGGGACAGUGUUGUUACCUUCCGAAGCUCUAGUUUCGAUGGCGGUUAUCGGCAAUCUAUGUCUUUGGAGAACCUCCCUCCCGUUGAUAUGACACAGGUCAAGGUCAAGAUCCACCACAACAAAAACGACAAAAUGAGACUUAUGCUCAUGUCUCCUGAUAUCGAACUGAAUGAGUUUCAUGCUCGUGUUCAAGAAAAGUUGAACCUCUCAGGAAGAUAUGAAAUAGAAAUCAAGGAUGAAACGGAUAAAAUUGCUAUCGUGGAUAAGGAGGACCUCGAUGCUGCGAUUGAAACGAGCAAGGACACUGCUCGUAUCUCGAGAUCGACGAUUGGUAAACUCGAGAUUUGGGUGUCCGAGUAA